AUGGAAGGGUCAAAGGAUGUGCAGGACAAGUCUAUCGCAACCUUCGAAUUUUCCAGUUCGUUUUUUCGUCCCCACUCUGGACAAGAAGAAGGAUCUGGGGUUCGAACCCUUGUGUAUAUCGUUCAUACCUCUGUUUCUUUCCUUUUUCCUUGUGUCCAUUGCCUCGAGCUGCCGCAACCUGCGCAGCUCUCCGCCACGACGUCUUCCACAAAGCGUCGCAAAGUUUCCCCGGAGCCUCUCAGUAGCCCAGGAGAGGCACGACGUCACGGCCGAUCCCAGCCGUCUACAUCUAACCCGCCACGACAGAGUUCUCGCUCAAACUCCCGGAGCCAAAGCUCAUCCUUGUCACCCCGUCGUUACGUCCCUGCUCAUCUUCAAACCCACACUCGCAGUCCCCGGUCCCAGUCUGGUGGCCGUUCGCCUACCCCCGCGACCGCCACCGCCGACCUUACCCUCUCCUCCGACCACUCCGAUAUGCAAUCCGAGCCCCGUGACGCCAUCACCCCAAAUGGCGAUGGCCGCGAGCCCUCUCCCGGCGAGAAGCGCCCUGCCUCGGAGAUUGAAGACUCCGACCUCGAAGGCGGCGUGAGCACAGUCGGCAAGGGCGCCUCGAACCCGAUCGAUGACCAGGUGGCGCAGGUAUCUGAGCUGAUCGCGAAGCCGCUGAAGGACGGUCAAAAGGGCUAUGUGAUCUCCUACUCUUGGUUGCAAAAGGUCUUUGCUCGGAGUUCCACCCAUGCCGACAAGGCGAGCAAGGAAGCCCUGGACAGCGAGCUGGGGCCGCUCGACAACACCGACAUCGUCCUCGAUAUCGGCCCCAAGGACGACUUGAAGGAUGAAGAAGGAGAGGUAUAUGUUCCGAUGCGACCGGGUUUACAAUUCGGUGAAGAUUACGAAAUUGCCCCGCAGGAGGCCUGGGAUCUUAUCAUGAAGUGGUACGGCAUCGCUGAUGCAUCGCCCGUCAUCACUCGGUUUGCUCAUGAAACAAAUCCCGAUGGCCCAUCAAACGUCAUUUAUGAACUCAAUCCGCCCAUCCUUACCAUCUUCAAAGUGUCCAACCCGGCUGCGGGCAUGACCCCCAAGGUCUUGAAGGAGAAGAAUCUCCCCCCAGCCAAAGUGCUGACAGGCCGCCAGACAAACUUCAUGAAAUGGUUGAAGCAGGCGAAGCAGCUGGCCGGGAUUGACAUGGCGACCAAAGUCCGUGUGUGGAAAAUUGCUGGUGGUAUCCCCAGCGCCAAUGCAUCGACUGCCAACACCCCGGCGCCCUCUCGCACUGCGUCGCCCGCACCGCCCGCAGGUCUCAUUACUCCCACACACAAGAACCUCAUCGUCGACCUGAACACUUUCCUCUCUCUACCCGACUCGAAACGGGAGUUAUUGGAACUCAAGGAUCAAACCAACAAUCCCAACUACAACGGCCGUAGCAUGACAGUAACCGUCGCUGGCCUGGGCACGACCGAAACUGUUGUACUUGAGGAGGGGGUUGGCAAGGAUGAAUGGGUAUCAGAAGUCUCUGCAAAGACUCUGAAGCGCCUCGGAAUCCCCACUGACCAGCCGAAGAGAGAAGUGGCCUCGCCUGCUGUUUUGUCUAUCAAAAGUCCCGCGCCCAGUGGCCGAUCCACUCCAGUUCAAGACUUGCCCCAUGGCAAAAAGCCCAAAGGUCACCAGUUGGGUCGCACUGGUCUCAGCAAUUUGGGCAACACCUGCUACCUGAAUGCUGCCACACAAUGUAUGCGCGCAGUGGAAGAACUGAGCAUCUACUUCCUGAAAAGCGGGCAUCUGUCUGAAUUGAAUACCACCAAUCCCCUGGGAUACAAUGGCGACCUUGCUAGAGCAUAUGCACACCUGAUCACUCAGAUGUACCGUGAACCUGCCUCCAGCAAUUUUUCACCUACCCGCUUUCGCAACCAGGUCGGUCGCAAUAACCCGAUGAUGGCUGGAUGGGAACAGCACGACAGCCAAGAGUUUCUUAUGUUUGCUUUGGAUGGGCUUUCUGAGGAUCUUAAUAGAGUCCUGAAGAAGCCUUACAUCGAGAAGCCGGAUUCCACGGAUGAGAUGGUUCACAACCGCAAGGCGUUAGAGGAAUUCGCGAAAGAGUCUUGGAAUAUCUACAAGGCUCGGAAUGACUCUGUGAUCACGGAUUUGUUUGCAGGCAUGUACAAAUCUACUCUGGUUUGCCCCGAAUGUGAUAAAGUUAGCAUCAUGUUCGACCCAUUCAGCAGUUUCACGCUACCUAUACCCGAUCAGCGAAACAUCAUUUGCCGCGAUGUCAUCUUCCUGCCUGUCGACUCUGCUCCAGUGCGGUUCACUGUUGAAGUUGAUAACGCUGGUACUGUUAAGAAUUUCAAUGACGCGGUCGCCAAAAAAACAGAGAUCCCGUCUGAAAGAUUGAUCGGUGCUGAACUGAACAAUGGCGGUUUCUGGCAGGUUUUCAACAAAGAGCUCCUGUCCUAUCAUGACCUUCGCCUGAAGGCCGAUGAUGCAGUGACUUUCAUGGAGUUGGACACUCCUGCUUCGGAAGAUCGUAUCCUCGUGCCCGUGUUCCACCGCAAGAACCAGCCAAUCAAGGGCAACAAGAACCGUCUCCGGCAUGAGCAGUUUGGAUGCCCCACUAUCCUUUCAUUCUCCAGAGAUGAAGCUCGAGACUUGGCCACAAUUUACCGUAAAAUCAUGCGCCAUGUAUCCACUAUGACCACCCGCGAUAUCCUGAACGAGCAAAGCCCAACCCGCCAGCUGCCGCAACCGUCUGAGGAUGAACAGGGCGCUGAGGAUUCGGAUACUGUGGUGAUGAACGAAGAUGACGCCGAGUCUGUGGAUUCGAAGAUCAAAACAUCGUCCGUUGAGGGAGACGACAGCAUUGUGGAUGUGUCGAUGCAGGAUGCCUCGCCGGCAUCCAGUGCCUCCACCGAGAACACAGAAUUCACUGACGAAACCCCUGUUCACUCUCUCGCCUCUUCCCUUUCGGAGCGCCUUCUGGGUCUUUUCGAUGUCAAGUAUAUGACGACCGAUGAGCCCAUCCCUCGGGGCCGUUCGAUGGACUCUUACAAAGAUUACCCAUUGAUCACUUCCCGUGUCACAUCCGAAUCUUCAGAGCAGAAUUCCGAGAGUAGCUUCAAUGGCUUUGAUGACGACAACAGCGACAAUCGCAGCGUGUCCGACAAAUCCGAAAACUCGGCCACUGGGCUGCAGGACGAGCCGCUUAUCCGUUCGGGUGAGGCUAUCAUCCUCGACUGGACAGAUUCAGCUCGUCACGCUCUGUUUGGCGGUGCCAGCAACAAGCGGAACUCCAAGCAGGGAAAACCCACAUUCAACGAACCCAAGUUCAUUCACGAUCCCCAAAUUACCCAACGCCGCGCCAGGCGUGAGGCCAAACGCCAGGAGGGAAUUCAGCUGGAGGAGUGUCUGAAAGAGUUCAGCAAGGAGGAGGUUCUCUCUCAGAAUGAUGCCUGGUACUGUCCUCGCUGCAAGGAGCACCGACAAGCCAGCAAGAAGUUCGAGCUGUGGUAUGCUCCUGACAUUCUUGUUAUCCAUCUUAAGCGCUUUAUGCAGCUCGGGUCUGCCAACCGGACUUCUCGAUCGAAGCUCAGCACCUUGGUCCAUUUCCCUCUUGAGAACUUGGACUUGUCGAAGCAUGUGACUGGGCCCACUGAUGGAAAGACAUUUGAGUAUGAUCUUUUCGCCGUUGACUGCCAUUCUGGCACCAUGUCCGGUGGACACUACUUCGCUUAUGCCAAGAACUGGGUCACUGGUGACUGGGUUUCUUUUAAUGAUUCUUCUGCUACUGUCAUAUCCGAUCCUAAUGACACUGUCGUCUGCCCCGCAGCUUACCUGUUGUUCUACCGUCGCAAGUCUGCCGGUCCCUUGGGUGGCCCUGAGCUUCAGAGAAUGGUGAACGAGUACCGCAAUGGUACCGCGAAGCCCGCUGUUGAGGUCGAGAUGCAGGAACCACCACAGCAGGAGUCUGAGCCGGAAUCAGCCGAGGAAACUGAGGCCAAUCCAAUGGGUAACAUCUCCAGCCAGCCUUCCUGGUCAUUUAACCGACCCGACGACUCUGCGGAUGCUGACCAAGAAGAUCUGUUCGGAGACAAUGACAGCAAUGUCGCCGUCGAGGAUGGCGACUCCGAGCCCGAAGAUCGUCUGCAGGAACUCGACAAUGAAGGUUCCACCUUUGAAGAUGUCCCCACCCUCCUUGAUGAUGGCUCUGACGACGAGCUGCCUGUUGUUGAGCUCCGUGUUGGGGAGGACGAGAAGUAA